ACGUCGUCUGCCGCCGGCACGCGACGCGACAGUCGAAAUGAGCGCCUUAUCUCGCGCGAACGUUCUCACGGUGGGUGCGGCGUCGGCGAACGCCGCGCCGGCGACGAAGCGCGCGUGCGUCGCGUCCGCCGCGCGCGUCCCGGCGAGGGCGUCCGUCGCGUUCGGGGAUGCGUCGUCGCGUCGCGCGCUCGCGCUCGGCGCGUCUCGAUGCCGCGCGCCGCGCGAUGCGCAGCGGGGGGGGUUCAACGUCGUCGCGCAGGCUAUCAGCGAGCCGCCCACGGAAGCGGCGCCCGAGGCGACGAACGACGCGUCCGGCGACGAGAGCGAGGCGGUCUGCUACCUCAACGGCGUCCACAUGUCGCCCUACAAGGUCAGACGCGUCCUGGACGUCAUCCGCGGGAAAUCGUACGAGGAGUGCCUCAUCAUGCUCGAGUUCAUGCCGUACCGCGCGUGCGAGCCGGUGUUGAACGCGCUGUUCAGCGCGGCGUCGAACGCGAAGAAUAACCUGGGGAUGAACAAGGCGAAGCUGUACGUCAGCGAGACGUACGCGGACGGCGCGGGGACGAUGAAGCGGUUUCACCCGCGCGCGCAGGGGCGGCCGUUUCCGAUUCGCAAGCGCACGUGCAACAUCACGCUCAAGAUGAAGGAGCGCUAGAUUCUUUGCUUUUGCCACCCGGAGGGGGUCCCUUAGGGGCCCGGCGCGAAUGAUUGUUUAAUACGACGGCGAAUAAAUGAUUGUUUACUU